AUGUCGGUUUUCCUGCAGCAAGCACUGCUCAGCGCUCGGCCUUUUGUGUACCAGCGGCUCGCAACCUUGGCUCCUCUCCGCCGGCUGCCUCCUUCACACGUUUCGCACAUUUCGCGCAUGGCUCGUAUGUGCCAGGGAAAGUCCAUUUCGUACCACGUGGCCGGCAGCUGGCUGAGCUGGGAACUUUCGGAGAUGGUUCAGGAUCCUGUCCUGCCAAAGCUUUACUUUCUUGAAGUCGGGCAGCAUACUACUGAUUGCUACCGGUACGUGGAUGGUGAACUUGAGUAUGGUUGCGAGUUCCAAGUCGUGCAAAAUGCCAAUUGGAGCUGCGUCCUUCACCCUCUGGAUGAGAAAGCAGAGGUUCCCUCGGAGGUAUCUGGGCCCGAUGCGGAGGGCCACGAACUGGCCUGUGGGCAUCUUGGUUUUUGGACACCUUUGGGUGUAGAGGCUGGAUCGCAGCUUGUGCAGGACUACACAUCCCUGGUACAGCUGUGCAGAGCGGCCGGUCAGGAACAAGCUGCGCUGGAGUUGGAGUCCGAGGUCGCCUGCUGGGGCUCGGAGAAUGUCCUCUUCCAGGUGGUCCCGGGCUUCAUAUGGAACCGCCAGGCACCCUGCAACGUGGACAGUGGGCGCUCCAAUCCCAGAUGCAAGCAAGCCGCUGUGGCUCCUGCCGGGCCCUGCACCGACCAAGUGGCGCUGGAGAUAGCUCGGAAGCAGCAGGAGUGGGAGGAGGCUGGCUGGCAGAUUCUCACUUGCGAGCCCCACAUUGUGGAAAUCCUGGAUGACAAGGGCAAGCUUUUCGACUACGCCCAGAAGCUGGGGAUGUGCAGCUUUGUGCCGCAGCGGUACACUUCAGCAGAAGAGGCGAGCUAUCCGUGUAUGUUGAAGCCCGCCUCCGGCCAAUAUGGAGAAGGAGCUCGCAUAGUGAACAGCUCGGCAGAUGUGCAGUGCGUAGCUGGCGUGGAAGUUGGAAGCCAGUGGGUCUUACAGGAGCUCAUACUCGGGGAGUACGAGUACUCCACUUCUUUAUUGGUUUGGUGUGGGGAAGUAUUGGAUUCCGUCACGAUGAAAUACCAUUACGCUGGCGUUCAAUACGUCUGGCCACGAGUGCAUGAGAUCUCCAAAGAGCUGUGCGACAUUCCGGCGCAGCACCUUCACGUUAUGACGAUGUUCUUGGCUGGCUACAGUGGCAUUUGCAACUUCAAUUACAAACUGCGGCCAGACGGAACGCCGUGCAUCUUUGAGUGCAAUCCCCGUAUUGGUGCGGACUUGGCUGGUGAUGUGCCGAAGCUGCGUGCGCGGGCGUUCUUCGACCAAAUGGCUGAGAUCGCGGAGAAACGUGGGGCCUGA